GCCUCAAGUUUCUGCAAAUUCAAUCAUAGAUGUAACGAACAUUCAAUCUAAUCCUCGAAGUGUUGCAACUUAUGAAGACUGCAAAACAGAAGAUAUAUAUUAUGAUGAUAGCGGUGACAAUAAUGAUGAACCUGUUAAUGAGGUUAAGGAAAAUCCUGUUAAAGAGCAGGACAAAGAUCAAGAAGAGCUUAGGGAAUUAAUAAUUUCUAAUAAAUCAUUCAUGUCGAUAAAUGCUACUCUUAUCUCUACUGUUGAAGACCAAUCCAAUAAAAUAGCCAGUCUUACUUCAUUUGAAUCGAUUAUUGCUUCGAAACAGCAGCAACUUGAUCAUAUUAUUAAGAUUGAAGAAUUACUGCGUGUUAUGUCUAAUGAAAUUUCUGAACAAGAAACAGAUAUUAAAUCGCUUAAAUCUCAAAUAGGAGAAGCUUCGUAA